GUGAAUGAUGUCAUUACGUCGUCCGUCAGCUAUCUAAUUGUAAUUUAUGUAAACAUCUACAGGAAACCAUAAUAUUGAAGGGAAACCAGAGUAAUCAGCUAUCUAUUGUUGAAGUAAAAGUCUAUUUAAUUGGAUACACACGGCUGCACAUCAGGCUAUCACAAUAUGUUGAUUUUUAACACCGUAAUUGAUUUCGAAAUUUAAAUGCAAUAUAUUAAGGUUUAAAAUCGAGUGGAGAAAUUUAAAGUGUCGGGUACCUUGACGUCCUGUUGACUAUACCUAUUUCAAUUAACAGGUUGCCUGUGUAGGAUUUCUAUUAAGCUAUGCCUUGUUAUAGGUUAGUGAAAAUGGGCAAUAGUGUUUAAAUUCUCUUUGAUGUAUGUAAUUUUGACCUGUACGUAGAAAAAAAUAUACUUAAAAAUAAACAUAAAAUUUGACUUGUUUAUACUCUGCCAGUUAUAACUUUUUUUUUUUAUGUAUAGGUAUAAUAAUUUAUGUUAUUUAUUUAGCAGCCAAAACUAUAUACCAUAAUAGUUUUUUUUGCAGUUUGACAUUAGUUGACAUUUUAAGAAUAUUGGAAACAAGAUGGAUUUAAUACUAUUUUCACAUUAGUAAUUUCAAGUAAUCAAUUGUUACAAUGUCACAGACUUUUCUAUUGGAGCCUGAUAUAAUAGCGGCAACAGAAAAUGUUAUGCCCGAUCUCAACAAUGAUUUGGUCAUGGCAAAGAAUUUCCUCAAGCAGCAAUCGGCAGCAACCGGGGACAGCUUGUACGAUCACUUGGUGGACGUGGUACACAAGAUCCUUUCUCAGAAACCGCCUGAUAUCGUGGACCAGUUCGAGCAAUACUCUUGGGAGGUGAAACGAGAGAAGUUCCGCCCUAACUUCGAUCUGCUGAAUGAUAUCUACUUGGCACCCCCACAGCUGGCGAUCGUUCGCCGCCUUGACGAAAUGUUUAGGUUGAUUGCGAGUAAGAAUCAGAAGCUAGAGGACAUGGGUGAAGAAGAACAAGAGUUAGACUUGGAAGAGGAUAGCACUAAGGCGAGAGUUGCAGACUUAAUUGAACACAACUACUACUUUAGAGAGGGCGGCUAUGGACUCCCGGAUAGCGAGUGCUAUGCCUUGUACAUCGCUCUACAGAUGCUUGCCAUCAAAGAGCCGGUUGCGACUGUGAGAUUCUUUGGCAAAAUUUACGGGACAAGAUCGAAUUAUUACAUAGCGGAGACUGACCUGACGAUCGAGGAACUGGAUCGCCGGAUCAGGGAAUUUGAGAUGAAAGAUAUGCCGGGAGAGGGCGAAGGUCUGGAGGAGGCACAUCCGCAAGAAGUUGAGGAACAGAAGGAAUUAAGCGACAACACUGAAUUUCAUAAAGUGGGUGAGGGUGAAGCACGCGAGGAGAAACCUAAAGAGCCAGUGCCGCCGAAGUUACCACCGGAGCCGGUGUCUACCUGGCAACCACCGCCGCCCAUACCCGUCGAACGUCCCGGCCAGGGAGUCAAUAGGAAGGUGUACUGGGUGUGCAGCCAGCCAGGCGAGCAGUGGAUAUGUUUGCCGGACGUGACUCCAGAACAAUUGCGCGUCGCCAGACUCACCGUACGCUGCAUGACCGGCGAUCUUGACGCCGAGGUACUAACGUUCCCUCCGUUUGAGGGUACGGAGCGUAACUACCUGCGCGCUCAAGUGGCGCGCAUCGCGGCUGCCACCAGCGUGUCUCCGCAGGGGUUCUUCACGUACGGCUCCGGCGAGGAGGAGGAAGACAUCGACCUGGAGGAAGGCGCUGGUGAUCUAGCCUUCAAUCCGAACCCGUUCUACCAGGGGCACACGUUGAAAGAUCUCCUGGACCCCGACCUGACGUACUGGGUCCACCACGGCCGCUACAUUCUCAAGCAGGGUCGCACCUUAUGGUGGAAUCCCAAUGCUGACAUGGAGGAGGGCGUGGAGGAGGAGGAGGACGAGGGCCCCCCGCCGGUGGCGCCGGAGCUGGGCCCCGCGCUGUUCACGUCGCUGGCGGAGGACGCGCGCGUGGAGGGCGUGCGCGCGUGGGCGGCGCGCGGCAGCAGCGCGCUGGCGGCGGAGCGCGCGCUGGCGACGCUGCGCAGCGCGCUGUGGCCCGGCGCCGUCGCGUACGCCACCACCGGCAAGCGUUCGGAGUGCAUGUAUAUCGGAUGGGGUCUCAAGUUGCAGCUGCCCAACUUCAGUCCGCUGCAGCUGCCGCGGCCUCAAGAUGAGUAUCUUAUAGGACCAGAGGUCAUGGAGAUGGCCGAUCCGACAUUCGCCGAUGAAGAGGCGUAUCGCAUUGCGCAUCUACCCCCACCACCACCUCCCGAGCUGCCCGGAGAGGGAGAGGGUUUCGGUGAAGAGGAGGAAGACGAAGAUUAA